UCUAUUGAUUGACUAAAAUUGGUGUACAAUUGAGGACAUGUUGUCAAUGAUGUUAAACGUGGAUUCAAUUGCAUCACAUAAUAGUUUGUUUGAUUGAUUGAUCAAAACAUACGGUAUUAACACAACUCUAUUGAUAUAACUUUGUGUUAAUUAUAUGUUGAGUCCAUUAUUACCACAACUUUUACGACUGACUCGUCUGUCAAAGCAUUUACUCAAAGCUAAUCUUCAAAAUAAAGCCAUUUUAAGGACAAUGAGUGAAACAAAUGACCAAAAGAUAAGCAAAAAUGAGUUAAAGAGGAGAAUGAAAGAGCAGAAGAAACUGCAAGAAAAACAACAAAAAGAAGAAAUGAAGAAACAGAUGACCAAUGAAUCGAUGGAUAAUACCGGCAAGACUUUGGCAAAGAAACAAAACGACGAAGAAUUAGAUGAAAAUGAAUAUUUUGUUAUCAGAUCCAAAGCAAUCAAUGAACUGAAGGGAUCGGGAGGACAACCAUAUCCUCAUAAGUUCAAUGUGACCACCAGUUUAACCAAUUUUAUUCAUAAAUAUGAACAUUUGAAACCCGAAGAGAUUAUAAAAACAGAUGAGUUAUCUGUCGCCGGAAGAGUUCACGCAAAACGAGAGUCCGGACAGAGACUUAUAUUUUAUGAUUUGAGAGGAGAAGGCGUGAAAAUUCAGGUGAUGGCAAACGCAAGACAAUAUGAAAGUGAAGAACUAUUUCUUAAAGAUAAUGAUAAUAUUAAAAGAGGUGACAUAAUUGGAUGUAUUGGUUGGCCGGGAAAGACUAAAAAAGGAGAAUUAAGUAUAAUUCCCAAAAAGAUUGAACUCCUGACCCCUUGUCUUCAUCAGGUGCCUCACUUGCACUUUGGUCUUAAAGACAAAGAGAAACGAUUUCGACAAAGAUAUUUGGAUCUUAUAUUGAAUGAAACGGUUCGCCAAAAGUUUCACAGAAGGGCUAAAAUCAUAAAAUAUAUGAGAGAUUUCUUCGACGGCUUAGGUUUCCUUGAAGUGGAGACACCGAUGAUGAAUAUGAUUGCUGGCGGAGCCACUGCUAAACCUUUUAUAACUCAUCACAACGACUUGAAUAUGGAUUUAUAUAUGAGAAUAGCACCGGAAUUAUAUCUUAAGAUGUUAGUCGUCGGAGGCAUUGAUCGCGUCUAUGAAAUCGGUCGUCAAUUUCGUAACGAAGGCAUUGAUUUGACUCACAAUCCGGAGUUUACGACCUGUGAGUUCUAUAUGGCUUACGCUGACUAUAAUGAUCUUAUGGUAAUCGUUGAGACAAUGCUAUCGGGUCUGGUUCUCCAUUUAUUUGGUAAAUAUGAAGUCACAUAUCAUCCCGAAGGUCCUGACGGUCCACCGGUUGUCAUCAAUUUCAUGCCUCCUUUCAAAAGAGUUCAAAUGAUUCCCGAGUUGGAGCAAAAACUUGACGUCACUUUUCCCGACGCAACACUAUUGGACAGUGAAGAGGGAAAUAAGUUCCUAUCAGAUCUUUGUAUUAAACAUGAAGUCGAAUGCCCGCCGCCGCGAACCAGUGCUAGACUUCUGGACAAAUUGGUCGGAGAUUUUCUCGAAGUUAAUUGUAUUGAUCCGACUUUCAUUACGGAACACCCGACUAUAAUGAGUCCGUUAUCUAAAUGGCAUCGUUCGAAACAAGGACUCACCGAAAGGUUUGAAUUGUUUGUUUCGCGUAAAGAAGUGGUUAACGGAUAUACAGAAUUAAACGACCCGUUCAUUCAGCGACAACGCUUCGAACAACAGGCGGCGGCCAAAGCUGCCGGCGAUGACGAGGCGCACCCUAUCGAUGAAAUCUUUUGUAAUGCUCUCGAAUAUGGAUUGCCGCCCACCGGUGGCGUAGGAGUGGGUAUCGAUCGGUUGGCUAUGUUUUUAACUGAUUCUAAUAACAUAAAAGAAGUACUGUUUUUCCCGGCCAUGAAACCCGAUGAACCGAAAAAGAGUGACCAAACAGAUGACAAUGAAACGGUAGCUAACGGUUCAUAAAAUGAAUGUUUGUUAGGCUUUAAUUCGACUUUAAUUAUGAUUUGAUAUUUAAUAAAAUCUUUUUUAUAUUUAUUUUAAACUAAAUCCAAUCCA